ACACUUGUUGAUCGCAAAGAUCAUAAGGAGAGUGACACAUUGACACACACAAAACCAAGAGAGCUUGGUCAUCAAGUGAAGUCUUAUUGGCUUGCAAUAGGUACUGAGAGCCUUACUGAAGCAAUGGCUUUGCAAGGCCUUGUAGAUUGGAAGGGACGGCCAGUUAACCCAAAGCGCCAUGGCGGGGUGAAAGCCACCAUGUUCAUCUACUUCUUGGUUGUGAUGACAAAUAUUGGCAACAUCCCGAUGCUGUUGAACAUAGUGAGCUACUUGCAUGGCACGAUGCAUAUGGGCAUCGCCGAUGCCUCCACAACCGCCACUAACUUGUACGGAGCUAUCUGCGUCUUCACCUUCUUCGGUGCUUUCAUCUCUGACUCCUACAUCAAACGCUUCUACACCAUCCUCAUAUUCGCCCCUAUCGAGAUUUUGGGUUACAUGCUGCUGGCAUGCCAAGCACACUUCCCGUCGCUGCACCCGCCGCCGUGCGACAUCGCCAGCCACCCCGGCGAGUGCACGGCGGUGAGCGGCCGGAACCUGAGCCUUCUGACCCUGGGCCUGUACGUGAUCCCGCUCGGUGAGGGCGCGGUGCGCGUGUGCGCGGCGGCGCUCGGCGGCGACCAGUUCGACGACAGCGACCCACAGGAGCUCCGCGGCAAGAUGAGCUUCUUCAACUGGUACACCUUCUGCAUCUCCCUGGGCGGCUUCUUGGGGCUCGUGUUGGUGGUGUGGGUGCAGAACAACAAGGGCUGGGACCUCGGCUUGGCGCUCUCUGCGCUUGUGGCGCUCCUCGGCGCCGUCGUCCUCCUCACCGGCCUGCCGUUCUACCGGCAUCAGAACCCCACAGGAAGCCCACUCACGAGAAUCCUUCAGGUUUUUGUGGCUGCCUUGAGGAAAAGGAAUCUUCCAGCGCCUGAGAAUUUGAUGGAGAUGCGUGAGGAGGCCACUGAAGGGACAUGCACCAGCAUCCAAGUGCUAGAGAGAACUUCAGGCUUCAAGUUCCUUGACAAGGCAGCCGUCGACGAUGGCGACAGGAGGCGGUGGUCUCUGUGCACUGUGACGCAGGUGGAGGAGGCCAAGAUCAUCCUCCGCAUGCUGCCCGUCUUCCUGAGCUCCGUCCUGGGCUACCUCCCGAUCCCGCUGCUCCUGACCUUCACCGUGCAGCAGGGCGGGACCAUGGACACCCGGCUCGGCGCCGCCCACGUCCCGCCGGCGAGCCUCUUCGUCAUCCCGGUCGUGUUCCAGAUGCUGACGCUGGUGGCCUACGACCGCGCCGCUGUGCCGUGGCUGCGGCGCGCGACGGGGUACGCCGGCGGCGUCACGCACCUGCAGCGCAUCGGCGCCGGGUUCGCGUCCAGCGUCGUGGCGCUCGCCGUGGCCGCGGCGGUGGAGGCCCGCCGCAGGGGCGGGGGCGCCGCCGAGAUGUCGGUGUUCUGGCUGACGCCGCAGUUCUUCCUGCUGGGCGUGAUGGACGUCACCUCCUUCGUGGGCCUGCUCGAGUUCUUCUACAGCGAGGCCUCCGCCGGCAUGAAGUCCAUCGGCGGCGCCGUCUUCUUCUGCAUCCUCGGCGUGGCGUCGUGGCUCGGGAGCUUGCUCAUCCGGGUGGUCAACCGCGCCACCGCGCGCCGCGGCGGGGGCACCGGGUGGCUGGACGGCGCCGACCUCGACGCCGGCCGGCUCGAUCUCUUCUACUGGCUUCUCGCCGUGUUUGGGCUCGUCUCCUUAGUCCUCUACCUGCUCUGUGCGUGGAGGUACACCUACAGGCACGAUCCGAGGAUGCAAUCCAGGAUGGAGGAUGACAGGGUGUCUCCAGCGUCCAUGAAACAAGCUGCGGUCUGAACAAGACUUGACGUGUGUCCAGACCAGUACUGAAACUACAGGCGUAGUAGUUUCACCAAAUAAGCAAUCCCUCUAGACAAAAUAAGUUGUCGUUUCAGACAAUCAAAUUGGGUGCACUUAGUUUGCCGGCAUAAACUUCAACUAAUCUUGACUGGAGGGAGUAAGGCCCAGUUUGGAUGUAAGGUAUUUUUGGAGUAUUGAACAUAUACUACGGUUUUGUAUAAUAUAUACUCCCUCUAUUCACCUUUGAUA